UAGACCGGGGCUCGGUCGAUACUUAUCGCGAUUCCGGAGCCCGUCCUCGCGGUGCGGCGUCCUGGCACUGCGGUUCGUAUGAUUUCCGUGCACGGUUAUCCGUCCUCAUUAUCAGUAAUGACGGAGGACGUCGGCGCGAUGCUGCAGAAAGGCCUGACCGAAUGGUGGAACGAGGAGACCGAGUACAUGUUGCAGAGGAUCGAGAGGUGGGCCGCAUACGCUAGGGGCUACAAUCGUCUGAGGUCCCAGAGACUGUCCAGGGGACGAAUGACGAUGCAGAGCGGCCAGGAACCGCGCUGGAGCGUCUCCUCCAACAAGCUGAUCAUAGAGGAUCCAUCCUGGAGUCCACGGUUCCACGCGCUGAAGAAGUCGCGCCGAAAGUCCCGGCCAGAAGAGACGAAGAUCAACUGCUGCGGCACGUUCAAUUACCAGUCGAACAGCAAUCUGGACAGCAACUGCCUGGAGACGUACAGGUACGACCACAGCAUCUACUUCAAGACGAUCGGGGACAUCAAGAACAGCAAGAAGGACCUUGUCGAGGAAGCGAAGGACGAUAAGGAGGAUAGGAUCUCUGUGAGCAGCGAGGAGCUGGUCGAGUGGGACGCGAAGUCGGUGUCAGACUUCAUCGCUAAUCAGCUUUUAGAGGACGGGCUCGCCGGCGAAAAUAUUAAAACCAUCUUCGCCGGCACGGCGGUUGGGGAUUGCAAUCCGAUCGACUCGGUCAGCUGGUCGAACGUCGAUCUGACGAAGCUCGAUUUGAACGAAGAGGACGUCGCGGUGAUCGACGAGGAAAAUAAUUCGACAGUGUUGCAGAUCGAAGAGGAGAGCAACAAUAAUUGCACAAGGGAUGGGACGUUCGUGGAGGACGUGAAUUUGAAGAAUCAACAGGGGUAUUUGGAUUGGGUCGCCGAGGGCGUGGACGAUGUCGAUCAUGAAGCUACCAAGAGUUGUCUCGAUAUUCGAAGAAACCGGAAAGCGUCGAGGAAGGCUAAGCAUUCACCAAUUGUGGGCGAUAAUGAUGUAAUUUGGCCGAGUGUUUUGUUGAAUUACACGACGAAUGUGGAUCGCAUCAGUUCCCCGCAUCAUUACCGGCAAAAGUGUUGAAAGGAAUCGGGGUCUUCGAAAUUCUAGAGAUCUUUGCAUGAUUGCCGAGAGUAUUUGAGAUUGCUGAGCUUGACUAGAUCUUAACGUCGAUUUCAUUUUGCGGGAAUAUUCGAUAGUGGGAAAGUUUGCAAUUUGAACGGAAGUAUACUUAUGUAUUCGCUGUUCUAUGUGUGACUUUUAAACAGAUGUAAAUUGUCCUCAUUGAACAGUAACGUACUGUAAUUAAAUGCCUUUCAUCUUCGACACACGUUACUCGUUCCUUUGCCGAGCGUACUUGCUACAAUUUGUUUGUCGUGUACUUGUCAAUAUUCGCAGGACUAAGUUGUUUACAGAUAGAAAUUCGUCGAAGGAAAACGAUACAUAGAUUUACUUGUCAACACUGAUAUCACGGAAUACUUUGCACACGCAUACAUACGUUUAAUUAUUCUUUUAUAUUUUAUUGUUCGAUGUUACUCCUCACUUAUGAGACAUAAUUUUAUAAGGGAAUAAUUUGAAAUUACAUCGAUUGAUUCAACGUUACCUCAAUAAAUUUGACAUUGAACUUUUUA